AAGUAACCAUGUGUUCAUGUGAGUCCUGUAACAUAACGUGUAGCUUGGCGACACCCUGUAAUGGUGUCCUCCCAGGAAUGACAGUGUGAACAGGGUACAAUGCAAACAGGAUGAUGUCAUGACGGCACAUUUUACUAAAGCCGUUCACAUCUACUUCCUCAUUGCCACUUCACCCUUUCAGAUAAGCUCGCUGUCUUUUCUUUUUAACCUUACUAAAGGCAAAGCUCUCGAAGCCUUUUACAUCUACAGCUGUUGUAAUUGAACAUUUCAAGAAGUCAUCAUUGUUUUUAAGUUUACAAAUUUAUUAUGGAGCCCAAUGAAGACAAGCCAACAGGAGAAACACAAGCAGAUCCUGAUGCAUCUAAACAAGACCAUGCAGACCUUGACAUCUGCAAGUAUUUCCUGAGGGGCAAGUGUCAUUUUGGAGAUAGAUGUCGCCUGUCUCAUAGUAGUGCAUCUACAUCUGCAACUUGUCAUAAAUCAGAAGAAACAGAAGAGAAAGGAUGCAAGAAACGUAAAACCAGAAGAAAGUCAGGCAAAUCAUACAAGGCCCAAGAUGAUGAAAGCAACGGGCCUCAGAAGAGGCAGCGAAUGCGCACAGCAGAUGAUGUCAUCUCCAGGAUACUGUGGGAUAACUCUGUGGACCCAGCGGACUUUAUAGUGGGCCACUUGGACCGCUUUCUGGGAGUUCUGGAACGCCCUUUCUGUGACUUCUCAUGGGACACUCAGGUGUGUGACUGUGACUAUUCAGAGGAAAUGGCUAUUCCUCGUCACAGGAUCCAGUACUUUAGCUAUAAAGGCCAGCGUGUGUGGGACAGAGACAGUCGAACUGACCAUGUGUUUGGCUCCACAGGGCAGUCAGUUAUGUCCCCAUUUGAUACGGGGGAUCAACCACAAGAAAUUGCUGCUCCACACACAGCAGAAGAUGAGGAAGGAUUGUCUGUCGAUAAAAACGAGCAGGGUUCCGUAAACCACAGCUUAAUGGAAGCUGCAGACCAAGAAACUCUUGGUGAUGCUGAAGAAACGUCAGACUGUAGCCCAAAUAUACAAAUGGACAAAGGCUGUGAGGAGGCAGAUCUAGCUCAGCAGGCAGAGGGACUAUCCAUCUCACCCGGAAAAGAACAUAUCACAAAACAGGAUGAAUGGAUAGACAGCUGGGACAAGCAGGAAGGGAAGGAUGAAGAGGCAGAGCAUGUGCAGCCCUUACCUCAAGAGCCACGCCCAGGCCGCCAACGACGUAAACCCACUCAUUUCAUUUGCUUCCGUGUGGACUCACCUGCAGCCUUGCGGGCUUUCCAUCUUGUCCAGAGGAAAGUUAUGACCCACCUGCCUCAAUCAGAGCCAUGGUGGGUGAAACCAGAGUCACUGCACAUUACUCUAUCACUACUCGUUCUUCAAGGCCCCGCGGACGUCUUUGCUGCUAGCGAGCUCCUUCGCUCAUUGGUCAAAAACUUCUACAAACCACCCACCUCUGUCUUCUUCACUCCUAGACUGAGGCAUUUCAAUGGAAAAGUUCUCCAUGUAGCCCCUCAGCCACUUUCAGACAUCCAGACCCUGAACGCUCCCCUUCAGGAAGCAUUCAGGGAGAAAGGUUGGCUACAUCGUGACUCACGAAACCCCACCUACCAUCUCACGCUAGCUAAAGUAACAGACGUGGAAGAAGAAAGGAUAUUUGAAGACGUGUGGAAGAUUAAACUGGCUAAGGAUUUGAACUUUGGGAAACUAACUGUGGGUAAUUUGUACCUGUGUGUCAACAGUGUUCCACGCACCGCAGAUGGUUUUUAUGAGACGGUGUGUUCUGUGCCAUGGCCCACUGUAUAACAGCAACAAGAUUCUUGAUUUUUAUGAAGAAAUAAUAGUACGAGUCAUUUCUUACAUAUCAAGCAACAAACAAAAAAUCUGGAUCUGAGUCUGUAUCAUAAUAUCUAUGUUUACACAAUGUCUAAUGUCCAUAUUUUAAUAAUGUGUAUUUUUAAUUAAUGAUAAGAUAAUUUAAAGAAACUUGUAAUUGAUCAUUUUUAAAUACAUCCUUGAUAAUUUUUGCCAUUUUUAAAGGUGCCCUGCCACACGUAUUUCAUUAGUUUUGUGGUAAUGUCUGAAGUUUACCAUGGACUCUGUAACUUUCUUUGUGGAAAAAAUGCCUUGAUUACCUUGUUUCAAGCCAUUCUAGUGUGGUAUAGAAAGCCUGCAGGAAGACUCAGCUCGAUUUUUGCGCCAGUUCUCAUGAAUAUUCAAAUGAGCUAUGCUGCUUGGCUCCGAUUGGCUAACCGCUAGGAUAUGAGAGCAUGACUAUUCAUUCACCCAGCACAAUAAGUAGCCUAGGCUAGAGGAAAUUUGUUUACAAUCACCUUGAAUUGCGGCAGAAUGGCUUCUUCACAAGCCCGUUGACGUUCAGCCAUCCUUGCCGUAUAGGAAACUCACUGAGCUACAUGAAUUCUGGGGGCGCGGUCUCAAGUGGGAGAGCUCAUGAAUAGUAAUGAGCUCAAUCAUUACUACGUCACACUGAGCAGCUUUUCCAACUGACCUGAUUUCUCCCCUUAUUUCUUUUAAGUGGCUAGAACUGACCGGGUUCGUUUUCAAAUUCACGACACAACACAAACACAUAUGGACCUAACACACCAAAAAAAUCCAAGUAAAAAGGGUUUUGUGUGGAAGGGCACCUUUAAAAAUGUGAGGACAGCAUGUGAGGGUAUGUUAAAAAUUAUUAUUUAGGAGGGUUUAGGAGUUUGGAGACCUCUCUGAUAGUAAUACAAAUCUACAUGUAACUCUGAGAAGAAGGUUUGUAAUAUUUAUUACCUCUUUAUUGUGCAGGUUUAUCUGAUAUAGACAACCAUAGAUUACUCAGCUUGUCACAGUUAAUACAGCAAUUAAUUCAACUGAUUUAAUUCACAGUCAUUUGAUUUUGUAAUCAUAUUUAUGUCACAGAAGCAAUAUGUACAAGUUAGGCCUUUCAGAUUUAUUAUAGAAAUUACAUAAGAUGUGUGUUUUCAUAAGUUGGCCAAUAAAUAACAUCCUGAAACA